CGCCUCUCAUCUCCAGUCGCCUCCGCCAACCUAGCGUGACGGACGGAAGGGAAAGAGCGGGGAAUAGGCGCCUUUGAGCGUUCGUUUGGUACGAGGUGGGCGGACUUGGCUACAGGCUGAGAUACGAUCAGUUUUUGUGAGAGAGAGAAAAAAAAGAGACAGAAUUAUGUCCCAGUAUUUGUAAAUCUAUUCGUGUAAUACCACGUUUCUUGUUUUAUUUUAUUUAUUUUUAUUUAUUUAUACCAAGGCCAUUAUCUCUACCUUCCUUUAAGUGCUUAGGAACUUCUAGAACCUUCUGCGAGAGAAUUAAGUGCUUGGUCUAUCAACGUGAUUGAAAAAUUCUUUUUUUUCUUUUUCCCUCUCCUCCUACGCAUUCUUCGACGAAUUUAGGAAUAGGAGAAACGAAGACAGUGUCGUCUACAUGCCUGUUGAUUAUGCACUUGCAAAUGCAUUGAGCCACUUAUGUACCAGAACGGACAUGGACUUCCAACUGGCCGGUCACUACGCCCCUUGUAGUUUCAUGACCUCAGCUGACCUCGUGCCCCGUGACCCGCGCCUCCUGCCGCAACCUGACCUCCGCGCCGCCGCCGCCGCUCUGCACGUUGCGCCGCGUCCUGAGGGCUUAGCGAAACCCGAAUUGGCAAGAAGCGAACUCGUCCGAAGGUGCGACUUCCGUCCUUCUAACCCGGACUUCUUGACUUCGUCGGGAGGGAGUGACCUCGUUUGCCGUGAUCUCAGAGGUCAGGAAGCGCCCGGAGGUCAAAGAGAAGGAGGAGGAGGAGGCGGCACCGGGGCAGGAGUAGGCGUAGGAGGAACAGCAGGAGUAGGAGGAGGAAUAGCGGAAGUAGGAGGAGGCGGAGGGGGAAGGGGAGAUAUAAAGAAGGAGAAUCGUCCCUCUGACAUCGAGAACGAUCCGAGUUUUGGCCUCUCGGACUCGAACGGCGCGCCCACCCGGAGGACAAGAGAGCGCGAGGCGAUGCUGUCCCUGUCGAAGGAGGAGCGUCGGCGGAGACGGCGCGCCACCCUCAAGUACCGCACCGCCCACGCCAGCAGGGAGAGGCUGCGCGUGGAGGCGUUCAACGUGUCCUUUGCGCAGCUCCGGAAGCUCCUGCCGACGCUGCCCCCGGACAAGAAGCUGUCCAAGAUCGAGAUCCUCCGCCUGGCCAUCUGCUACAUCGCCUACCUCAAUCAUGUCCUGGACGUGUAGGGAUUGCUCGUGAUUUUUUUUUUUUUUUUU